AUGAAACGUACAAUACGUCCGACGACGGAUAGUGUGCAAAUCCGCGAGAAGAAGAGAGCAACAAGUGAGACAAGUAAAGCUGUGACAGUCUCGGAAUUCUAUGAAGCUGAAGAUGCGGAAGCAAUGCGAUUGGAAUGGGAUAAAGUUGAGGGAAUGUUCCACGAGCAUUCGAAUCGAUUGAGACAACUGUGCAAUCAACUUUGUUCUGAUAAUGAUAACAAUACGAAUACGAGUGAAGACGGUAUGACGUGUGUAAACGAAUCGAUCAUGUCACAUUUGCUGUCGUUACGACGUUUGAAUCGUUUUGCACAAUUCAACAACAAUAAAUGUCGUGAGAAGGGAAAUACGGAACGAGAGAACGUCGACGAACGAUUUUUGCAACUGCAAAACGUUCAGUCUGAAAUUGAACAUCUGCAAAAAGAGAUCGCAAGAUGUGUCGAAUUCAGCUCAGCAGAUGAGGAGAUUGAUCUGGUACCGUUGAAUGAGUUCUACGAGAACGCGAGUGCGGAACUGAAGGAGAAAGCGCAGCAAAAUGCUCAUCAGGAACGUAUCGCUCGUUUGGAAUGGGAAUUGACCGAGAGGAAAACGCUGAUUGGCACACUGCAAGAACGAGAAGGUCGCAAGAAUGUGCUCAUAAGUGAUAUUUCAACAAAGCAAAAUCGAUUGAAGUCUUUGAAAUCAAUGGUUGAAUCGCUUAUCGAAGCAGCUCGUCCAGUUCAAGACUUGAUGGGUUUGAAUACACUUUCAUCGGAUGUCUCGCAACAGAGACAGUUUCUCGCGUAUUUACCGAAGGAAUUGUUCGUGAUAUUCAUUCAAGUGAAAGCUUAUUGCGAUCUUGCUGAAGAUAAAGGCAUAGCGAUACGAUGCAAAGGAGAUAUUGAGAAUGCGAUGAAAUUGCGUGAAAAUGAACAAGAGCAACGUUCAGAGAAUGCUGAUGAGGACAACGAUGAGAGCACCGAUGCCGACACGGAUCGAGAUCGUUCACCGAGUCGUUCAAGGAGGCGUCAUAAUACACUGAGUGAACGAAUGGCGAAACGGAAAGAAUUUGUGCUAGGGGCGCAUCCGAUCCAUCUCGUUAUUGAUAUCACCUGUGCUAGUUCGUUUUUUUAUCAUGAUAUUCAGAUAUCGCUGCAGUUCUCUUAUAUACUGCAGUUGCAUUCAAUCGCCGUGAUUGCAAAGCUUCAAGGGUCAUCGUUACCUUUUUAUGGAAAUAUGUUGUGUGACGAAUCAAUUUUGGUCGAGUUGUAUCCGAAAGAUGUUGGCGAUAAAUGUCCGAAUGCUGUGGGUCAGGCUAAACUCGAUCAGUUUCAUUUGAAAGUGUCCGAUUAUGAGCGAAAAUUCGGUCGGAUGUAUGCGUUCGCACAGCGUAUGGCUGGUAUUGGAAGGGAUGCCGAGAAGAGGAGUGACACGCAGUUGUGUGAUAUCAUUGAGUCGGUGGUUAAAGCGAUCAGAGGUCGCGUUCGUUCGCGAUAUGUCUUAAUCAAAUCCAUUCAGUCACUUCGUUCGUUGAAGCUGUUCGAUGAUAUGAGCGUUGAGGACAGAAAAGAAUAUCCACCGAAAAUGCUAUCGAAAUUAGUCGAUUUCAAAACGCUUUCAGCUGAAGAGUUCUUCUCGAAUCCAAUAGUAACGAAUGACUAUCGGGAAAUGAUCGAAAGUGAUCGCAAUAAUAGUGAUGCGAAUAAUCAUUUCUAUUUCGCCGCCGAAGUGGAACGAUCGCCUGCGAAACUCACUGCACUCAUCACUAUCAGUGUUGGAUAUCCGCUUAGUGACAGCCCAUUAUUUAUAUUAUCAUUGAGCAUUGACAACAAACAUAAAUACAGCAGCAAAUCGUCGCUUCUUAUCAAGAAUUUGGAAUACGCAAUAAAUGUUUUACUUGUUAAACGGAAGGAAGCGAAGAAACGCGAUUCAUUGUUGACCUCACAAAUGGCAUUCCUCGUCUCUCGAUUGGAUGUUUUGCUCGAGGUGCACUCGCAAUUAACCGAUACAUUCACAUUCUCUCGUGAUCACCUCUUCAGUCGAUCUUCCAGGGGACGUGAUCAACAACCUCCACUCAAUUAUGAUCCAUCUUUAAACGCGUUCACAUUCUUUCCAUCUUGA